GCCACAUGGAUUUCAGCUAUCUGAGGAACUAUCUAGGCCUUUGCCCACUAUGGGCUCUGGGUGGACGCCUAUAUAAUCCAGAACAGAUAUCAGCGUCGAUGAACGGAUGAAAGGGUCGAGCUUGUCAGAUGAUUGAAGCGAAGCAAGAUAGACCCAAUGAACGAGACCAGAGGGAUGGAAUGUUGUUUGUUUGAAAAGCAAAGGAAUGAAGCUACGCACCUUCUCCCCUGGCCUCUUCAAGCCGCAGAACCAUACCAUGCAGGACUAUCGGUUGGUAAUUCGCCUGCACGGCCGUCAAGAUCUGUUGCGCUUGCUGGACGGUCUGCAUGCAAGCCACCCAAGAAAGGACCAGAAACUUACCUGGAAGGUGACGAAUGCGAUAUAUUGGCCACCUGGGUUGCCAUUGGGGCGCCUCUUGAAGUUGACGAUCUUCACCCAGCAAUCGGCGGACCACCGUCCCUUGAAAGUCGCCUUGAGGUCUGCGGACAACUUGGCUGGAGGAAUCCCAUUCCUCAGGCUGGAUUUCGAGAGAGCAAGAGAAGGUAUUGAUGAUGAUGAUGGUGGUGGUGGUGGUGGUGAUAAUCGGGGUAGCAGCACUUACUUGCCAACCAAAAGGGCGCUUCCCCUUGGGCAAAGAUACUGUGCGUUCACGUCGGUAAGCACAGUUUGUUGUUGUUGUUGUUGAGGUAGUGGCGAUGGCAGAAAUGAGGGUUGCUGAUAGCCGCCAAACAUAGGCGGCUGAGCAUACAGCAACACUGCAGGGCCAAACAUUUGAGGUGGCGCAAGCCACUGCUGC